GGGGAGCCGGCCUGCUCUCCCUGCCACCCUCCAGAGCAGGGAUUGCGUUCGUUGGGUUUUCUGCGAGGGCCUUUUCGGCCUCGGGUCCGCCCGUUACCCGCUUGGCUGCCGGGAUGGCCCCGCGGCGGUUCCCGGGAUGGGAAGGGCAGGGAGGCGGCCGGGAGGCUUGUUGUCCACCCGGUUUCCACUGAACGGACCUGGGGGAGGUCCUCAUCCAAGCACCAUAUGUUUAGCCAGGACAUCAAUGCAAGCCUGAAUUUAAAAAAAAGAAUUUCUCCCUUCUAAGCCAUGGCAUAUCAGUUGUACAGAAAUACUACUUUGGGAAACAGUCUUCAGGAGAGCCUCGAUGAGCUUAUACAGUCUCAACAGAUUACCCCGCAACUUGCCCUUCAAGUUCUCCUUCAGUUUGAUAAAGCUAUAAAUUCAGCAUUGGCACAGAGGGUCAGGAAUAGAGUCAACUUCAGGGGCUCUCUAAAUACAUACAGAUUCUGCGAUAAUGUGUGGACUUUUGUAUUGAAUGAUGUUGAAUUCAGAGAGGUGACAGAACUUAUUAAAGUGGAUAAAGUGAAAAUUGUAGCCUGUGAUGGUAAAAAUACUGGUUCCAAUACUACAGAAUGAAUAGAAGAAUAUGGCUUUUUAAAGCCAUUCUCUGUUAUUGUUCAUCACUUUAUGAAGAGAAGCAUAGAAGAGACUUUUUUUUUUAAUUUAUUCUAGCAUUGUCGAAAUGACUACACUGUGCUAUACUAUCAGAGAAACCCUGUAGAAAGAAGCUUAUAACUGUACCCUCUUACGUUUAUUCUACAGCAUGAAGAAACCGAACUUUUUUUUUAAUGACAAAUCAAAUGUUGUUGCCUUUCUAAGACCAUUCUGUAAUAAAUUCAUUUUAAAACUCA